UGUAAGUACUUAUUUUUUUUGCUUUUUAUUAAUUGUUUGAAAAUAUGGGAUGUGUUUAUCUUAUCGUUCCACAUUGCCACAGGCGCGGGUCACAAUGGACGGGCUGGCGGUGCCCACCAUCCGGCGCAUACAGAUAGCGUUGCAGCUGCUGGCGUCCCUCAAGCUCUUCUCCUACCUGUUCCCACAGCAAGCCGUUGUCUACGGUGAGUGCAGCAACAACACAACACACUGCUGUGCGGCUAGAGUUGAGAUACAGUCAAAUAUGAUAGUUGUGUCUGUUGCAGAUUACAGCACGUAUGACUACGUGAUAGUUGGCGGGGGAACGGCGGGCAGCGUGCUGGCCAACCGGCUCAGCGAGGACCGCACGCUCAACGUGCUGCUGCUGGAGGCUGGUGACGACCCCUCACUUGAAGUGCUGCUCGCAGGCCUGCUGCACCUGACGUCGCGCUCCCGCCUCGACUGGAACUACACAUCGGAGACGACGCAGUAUUCGCAAUGCCACAAGGGCCGCGUGCUGCAUCACCCCGGCGGCAAGGUGCUCGGCGGAAGCAGCAGCAUCAACUACAUGUUCUACUCCCGCGGCAGCCCGCUCGACUACGACAUGUGGGCCACGGUCGUGAACGACUCCGCCUGGAACUGGUACAACACCGUGCCAUACUUCCUCAAGAGCGAGAGACUGGAGGAUCCGAUUAUUUAUAAUUCGCCUUACAGAGAUAGCCACGGCAUCAACGGUUAUUUAGGUGUGACAAGAGAAACCAGUAACGAACUACAUAAAUAUUUAGAUUCGUUCAGGGAAAACGGCAAGCUGGAGACUUUCGACGUGAACGGCAACGAGAGCAUGGGCUACACGCCGCAGAUGUACACGAUCGCCGGCGGCGCGCGCCAGACCACUGCAUUCUCUUACCUCACGCCCAUUCGGAAUAGAACCAAUCUGCACGUCAUGAAGAACACGAUGGCCACCAAGAUCAUUUUCGACAACAACAACCACGCCAUCGGAGUCGAGGCGCUUACUGAGCGUAACGAGACGUACGUGCUGAAGGCGAGCAGAGAGGUGAUCGUCGCCGCCGGCGCUUUCAACACGCCGCAGCUGCUCAUGCUGUCGGGAAUAGGCCCCGAGGAGCACCUGCGCUUACUGAACAUUAAUGUGCGUAGCAACCUACCCGUCGGCUACAACCUGCAGGACCAUCCGUUCGUGUUGGUGUCGAUCCGGGGAGAGCGGUCAGCGGCGGGCUCUCUGCACGGCGACCCCCACAACUUCCCACUGCCCACCUUCACCGGGUACGUGGCGCUGAACCGUGCCCAGUUGCACCCCGACUACCAGAGCAUCAACUUCGCCGUGCCGAGCGACUCGCCGAUGCCGCAAAAAUUUUGCUCCCUCAAUUUUGGAUUCAAAAGUGACAUCUGUCAAAUACUUAAAGCCGGAGUAAAAGGCAGGAAGACGAUUAUGAGUUUGAUCAGUCUCCUCCACCCCAAGUCGCGCGGGCGCGUGUUAUUGCGCAGCACGUCACCGCGGGACCCGCCGCUCAUAUACAGCGGGUUAUUUUCCGACGAGAGCGACAUAGAAGAUCUGAUAAGCUACGUCAAAGAUUUCACAUCCGUAAUGAAUACCACGUACUUCCGAAAAAUCCGCGCUCAACUAGUAGACCUAAGCGGCAACCGCUGCAUCGGGUACAAGCUGUGGAGCCGCGAGUUCUGGCGCUGUUACAUCGGAUGCCUGGCGUCGCCUCUGCACGACUACUCCGGCACGUGCGCCAUGGGCCUCGUGGUGGACUCGCGGCUGCGCGUACGCGGCGUGCGCCGGCUGCGAGUGGUAGAUGCCAGCGUGCUGCCUGGCCUCGUGGGCGGCAACAUCCUGGCCGCAGUAGUCAUGCUCGCGGAGAAAGCCGCUGAUUUGAUCAAGAGAGAUCUCUCCCUGAACUUCAGACCCAACCAUCCCUUUAUUAAUGUGUAG